AUGUCGUCGCCCAAACGCAGGCGCAUCGGAUCGGCCGCCGGGCGAUCCGAGGAGCAGCUCGAGCAGACCAAACGGCUCCUCUUGGCGUCGGCAUCGCACGAGGCCGACCUGACGCGCUCCAACCGCCUGCUCGACCUCGCAGCGGGUCGAUCCGACAGGCAGCAGCUGGCGUGGUCCCGUCACAACCUCAUCGCCCGCGCGUCCUCGACCUUCUCCCCGGUACACUCGCCCAACUCACCUUCAGCUGGCGGCAUCGAUCCCAUCACGACCGCCGCUCCGCCUCGGCCUCGGCCCCAUGUCGUGCUCCGCUCCCUUGCCUACAGCUCCUCGGCUGUCGAUGCAUCAGCGCUACGUCCAUGCCACCUUUACCCUCCCGACGACCCAGCCCAACCAUUUCCGAACCCUGCCGAUCCUUCCCUCGCCACGACACUGCCCCAGCCUCGACCGACCGAGUACGGCGAUCCCGAGUGCAUCGCCUUCAGCCCGUGCGGCUUCUACCUGGCCGCCUACUUCCCGCUCUCUAGCGUCCGAUCCGAUGCUGCGGAGGCCAAGGAUCACCUCUUGAGCCGUCAGGAGCAGGCCCUGCAGCAGAUUGAGCAGGCCACAGCAGGCAGCCUCAACGCGGCGCCUGCCAUACCCUCGCUCUCCAGGAACUCCACCACGGGCGGCCUCGGCGACGCACCGGGGAUGGCUUCAGCACUGGCUGCGGGACUCUUGCCGCCGGUGACGUCCAAUACUCCGCCUGCGCUCGCCUCGCCCUCGGGCAAGCUCUGCAUCUGGUCCAGAGCAGAGACGGGAGCGCUCAACGGCUGGCGGAUCAUGCAGGUCCUCGAGGUGCUCGAAGACCGAUCCGGAGAACGCGACCCCUCAGCCUCGAGGGAGGGAUACCUCGAAGCGGACGGUCAGUCGCAGCUGACCGGAUCGCUGAAUGGGUCAGUGCCAGGUGCGGGGGUCCAGCUGCAAGAACGUGUCAAGCGCAUCCUAUGGCUCGGAGGGAAGCGCAACUGGGUCCUCGAGGAGCCCGCAGCGGGUAUCGACGGCGGCGGCGGCGGUCACUGCUACCGAAGAGAGGCCGGCCGCGGUCCGAGCUUCCUCAACGCAGAGGAAUCGGCGGGUCCGCAGCGGGAUCUGGCCCUGGUCGUCUUUGGCCAGCGCGGAGGAGUGACGCUGCUGCACAGCCGCGACUCGGAUCGGCAGAGCCGCUCGUCGUCGGCCGGGGAUGCGCCGCCUUUCGAGGUGCUGCAGUCGUCGCUCUUCACGCCCGCCCUCCGACCGGCUCCUCCGACCAUCUCCAACGACAUGACCGGCGCCACGCCCACACCCGGCGAGGGCCCUCUGGGGGCCAAUCGAGGACUGUCGCACGUCGCGGCGGGAGCCGGCACGCGCGCAUCGGAGCUGUCGCACCUCGCCGUUGGGUUGGUGGCCGACGAGCCCGUCCUUCUCGUGGCGUGCAAGCAGAACCAGACGAGCGAAAGCAGCGUGCAGCUGUGCGAGAUCACCAUCGACCUCAAGGGCGACGCAGUGUCGAUGGUGACGCGGCCGCUGAGUAGGCUGCCCCUCAUCUCGACAUGGACCUCGGCGGAGGGUGACGGGCUCGCCACAGAGUCCGGACUCGGCGGCGGUGCCGCCUUGACGUCGCUGUGCUGGAUCCAGAUGGAGCCCGGCAAAGCCGACGCGGGAGUUGCUGUGGCAGAUUCGGAUCCGCAGGGGACCGCCUCGUCGUCGCUGCGGCUUGCCGCGACCUUUGACGUGGCCAGCGGUGAUGCUGCACCGGCGGCAGCGGGCCAGGCGCCUGCCACGAUCGUCAAAGUGUGGGACCUGCUCAAGGACGACGACGAGCUGAGCGAGGCAUUCGGGCAGCUCGAGUGCCGCAAGGCGGGCCAGCCGACCAAGAUGGUCGAGCGGUCGCCCCGCCUGGCCCUCACCAGGCGGUUCGAGGGCGAGACCUUCACCUCGAUGCUGCCGCCGUCGAGCGUGACAGCACCUACCUCGAAUGUGGUCACCGUGACAAGCCUGUCGUCGCCACCGACCGCGGCCGCGGCAGGUUCAAACGGGCAGGACGCGACGGCGACGGUCGAGACGAUACGCUAUUUGGAUGCGGUGACGCUCGACCCGGUUCUACCCGCUACAGCCUCCUCGUCGGAGAUCCCCACCAAGGCAUCCGAUCGCGAUUCGACGCUCGCGCUCUCGCCAAACGCCCUGCUGGCCGCCGCCCUCGCUAGGGACCCCGCGGGAGCCAGCAGGAAGAAGCUCGUCAUCUGGAGAGCUCCCGCCGUCACCUCGACAAGCCUCAAGGACGACGAUGGUAGCGCCGCGCACAGCGAAGAGAACGAGGUAACGCAUGCUGGGCGCCUGCUCGGUCUGGCCAUGCUUCGGCGUUCGGAUCCGUUCGAUCUCGCCCGCGCCCUCUUCUCUGGACGCAAGCGCGACUUCUACGCCGCCGCCAUCCUCAGGGCGGCCGAGAGCCUCGGCAUGGUCCGGUAUGGCGGCGGCGACGGCAGCAAAGGCAGCAUCGCCGGCGGCAGAGGAGGCGAUGAGCAGACGGUCAAAACGGAACCGGGCGAGACUGCGUCCAGGGCCGAGCAGAGACGGACGAUGCCCACGUUCCUGCAGACGCUGCGGCUGCUCGAGGUGCAGCUGUCGCUGCUGUCGGCCCCGCCGCCUUCGACGAACAAGGGCACCACGAAGACGACCAUCGGUGGCGAGGGCGAAGCGGUGCUGCAGCAGCGGCAGAAACACGGCGACGGGGCCGAUGCGGCGUCGGGCGAUGCCGAGCGGCUGGUUCUCUCGCUGUCGAUGCUGCACAAGCUGCUGCGGCAGAGCCGCGUCCUCACUCGCCUGCCGUCGACGGGUGCCGCAACGGGCGAUGCGGAGGCCACGCGGGUGCACUACCGCCUCGCGUCAGUGUGGCCGCUCAUCGCGCACCUGCAGUGGACGCUGGGCGUGCUCGACGCGCUGGGCCUGCUAGCGUUUCCGACGGUGCGGGUGACGCCGCUGGUCGAGCUCCUGACGUACCGCACGCCGCGCCUGCUGCUCGUGGCGGUGCUGAGGGGGCUGUGCGAGUUCAAGGCGUGGCUGCUCUCGACGGUGCACGCCGACAACCUGCCGCCGUUUGCCGAAGCCGACGAGCAGAGGGCCGGCAGUGGCGGCAGCGCGGAUACAGGAGCGGGCGCCGGUGCCGGCGGAAAGGGAUUGAACGUGGGUGUCAUGGCGGUCAGUGAGCAGAUGGAGCUGGCGCGCGAGGCGAUUCGACACUCGUGCGUCCAGGCCAGCAUGGACCUCGAGGCGUGCCUGCGUGUCCUCUCGUCGCCCGACCUCUUCUCCGACGACUCGUCUUCAACCCACACCCGCGACAACGACAAUGGGGAGGACGAGGACGAGGAAAAGUGGUGGCUUCAUCGCUUUCCGUGUUCGAUCGACGACGCCGCAAGUACGACGCGAGUCGACGACUCCACCACCGCCAUCGCCACGAUGCCAGGAGGAGGCGAUGUGGGCCGCGCAAAAAAGGCGACGAGGAUGCUGCAACGCCUCGUCGACGCCCAGCAAGGCGGGUUGGUGGAUCCGCUGACGCUCUUCCUGCGUCCAAGCGACCUGGUCGAUGAGCGUUCCGUCCUCUUGCCAUCCCCUCCCGGCCCCCGUUCCUUGAUCGACAAACACGGGGCAGGCACGGGCCAGGCGCAGCGGGACGUGAUCACCAAGUCGAUCCUUCCGCCCGCGUCGAGGCAGACGAGGACCAAGCGGUGCCUCCGGUGCGGCCAGGUCGCUGCGUUCCACCACCACGAGGCCGAGAUGGCGGCGCAGGGAGGGGGGAUGAAGAGUUGGAAGUGGUCCUGUCUCUGCGGUGGGCCCUGGUGGAUCCUCUAG